AUGUGGAUGAUGGAGAGCGCAAGUCGAAGAAGAAAGCGAAUAGUGCCGAUUGCAUUGGGUCGUUCAAGACGGCAUGUGGCGAAGGUGGAUUAUAAAUUCGGAGAUUAUGACAAUCUGAUUCAGGAGGCAAUGGAGAGUAUUGACGAAACUUCAACAAAACAAAAAGUCACGAAAGAUUCGUGCCGUCCACAAGGUGGUUUGGGUGUUGGAAAGGAUAUGGCCAAUAUAAUAAAUGCGGAGAAUCAACGAAAAUCAAGUAUGGAUAGUUCGACA